GGAAAUAACUGCUUUGCCCAGUGCGACCGAGCGCGAUCCGCAGACAGUUGUAAGUGUGAAGGGACUGCUGUGCCAGACAUGGCUGGCUUCGAGAACAAGUUGAGUUCUUAUACUUUAACACAGUUAAAUGAGCUGCUCGAAGAUGAUGAUAAACUCAACAAAUUCAUCGACGAGUCGGAGGAGAUUAAAGGGCUACAACAAAACAAGGAGACGACUCUAGCUAAUAACCGUUUUCUGGCUGAACAGAACCUUUUACUCCAACCCAAACUUGACCACCAAAAGAAUGAACUCACCAGACGCUACCGGGGCCUGCAGGAGCUGUUUGAGGCUUAUCAGCUACGCAAGUCCACUCUAGAUGACAGAUUAGGAAAUACACCCUUGGACACAUUGCUUGCACUCCUACAAGCAGAAGGGGCCAAAAUUGAGGAAGAAACCGAGAACUUGGCUGAUGCAUUUCUCGAUGGAGCAGCCCCUCUGGACACAUUCAUCGAUGACUAUCAGAGCAAGAGGAAGCUGGCGCACCUGCGGCGAGUCAAGAUUGAGAAGCUCCAGGAAAUGGUGCUAAAGGGACACCACAUGCCCCCGGCUGCACCUCCACCCUCUCGCACUCAGGACCUUCCCUGCAGGCCAGCAGCCCUCAAUAGAGAGGUCAAUGGUUCCCCCAUGCCGAUGCCCCGCCGGGCUCCUCCUCUUCCCCCUGUUAAAGAAUCUCCACAGCCGGCCCCCAUCACCGCCAUCUCCUACCCUCCUACCUCUCCAUUCGCUUCUCCUUCUCUGAUCCCUCCUACCUCUCCAUAUCCCCCUGUUCCCCCAAGAGUAGGAAACACACCACCCAUCUUAAACCAGGGAUAUCCCAGCAUGUACAUGCAGCAACAGUAUGCCCCACCUCUGCCCCAGAGACCCCCUCCACGCAUGGUACCACAGCCAGGCUUCAUCAUACAGUGAGCGAGGGACAUUUACAGCCUGUGGAUGACAAGAAAUGCACACUGGACGUUCAUUAAAAGCCUCUUAUAGUCCUUCAAGCUGCAUGUUAUCAAAUCAUGUGCGCAAGUCUAAAAUAAACAAGACUUUCCUGCAAUCAAAAGGGGUUGGGGGGGAUCAGCAACAGGAUCUUCAGUUUGCACUUUAGACAACUUUCGUAUUUAAUCAGUCAUGGCUGGUUAUGGAGUCAUGCCGUUCCUGUUUGACCCUCUUCAGUAGCUUUAGAUCAAGUCUUUUUUUUUUUGUACAUGAGCCUCAGGGGCUUCUAUACAUAAUGAAGAUUUCAAAGUUCAAGAGCAGGGGUUCAGUCAGGCCACAUAGACCGAUAUGAAGAGCUAUCAUUUGAGGCUUUCAUUUCUGUUGGAGUUUAUAUGUUGGUUCAACCACUUUAAUAUCAUCUGACAUUUCAUACUUGGGGGAAAAAAAUCACUUGAUUUAACGAAAAUGUAAUGCCUAUGCAAACAGACUGAGACAAAACUGUGCUGAAUUUAUUGGAAAGGGGAGAGAAACGAAAACGUCUUCAGGUUUUCUCAGACCUACAGCUCAAAGAUGUUAUUUGUUUUUCCAGUUAAUCCAAUUUGGAGUUUGUAGCGAUGUGAUUUAAAUAUGGGUGAAAUCAUUUGGUACUAAGACGAGACGAAAUGAUCAGAGAUACUUCUUCAAUGAACCAUAAUGCCUUGUGAGGCUCCAAUACGAGCAAAUGCGUGCUAAAGGAGGAGCCUUAUUAGCUAGAAUUUGAAACUAAUGAGAGCGAACGGUAGUGUGCAUGAAAAAAAAGUUAUUUUUAACUAUGUGUGAACAUUUGUGAAGCAUAUGUGCUUUUACUGUCAUUACCGCGCAUACUUAAACUGAAGCUCUAUGCAUAAUUUAUCAUUUUGAAUGUUUAUAUCUAACACUAUAAUCAUUCUUGUGUUUAUUUUUGCCAUCUGGCGUAAAAACGUUCAUAGAUUUGCUUUCUCUUCUAUAAAGCACACAUCUAAUAUAGCCAUACCAUUUAAAGACUUUGUUUCUGAUGACAUCAUCUGGUUUGUUGCAUAUCAUAUUUCAUUUUCCAUCCAUAACAUGCAUUCCUUGUGUUUCCCUGGUCUGUUCAUGUGUCUGUCACUACAAUGGCCACUUUGUGCCUGCGCUGGCUAAGAUGAUGACUUGUUCACUGUGGUGAGGAGUGCGUUUGUUCUUUGUAUUCCUCUUUGACUUUCUGUUGUUUAGCAAAUUGCAUAAUGUCCGGAAUAUUAGUAUUUUAAAAUCUAUGCUGUUUAAACUGGUGCAUCCAUGCAAGUGUCCUUUAGCGCAGUGUUUCUCAACCCCGUUCCUGGAGGACCAGCAGCUCUGCACAUUUUCCAGUCUCCUUAACCAAACACACCUGAUUCAGAUCAUCAGCUCAUUAGCAGAAAGACCUAUAAUAGGUGUGACAGACAAAGGAGACAUCCAAGACAUGUAGUGCUGGUGGUCCUCCAGGAACGUGGUUGAGAAAUACAGCGGCGGAAUAUUUAUUUGUAAUUUUACCAGUGACAGCAAUAAUUACAUCGCCUCAAAUUCAGGAAGCUGAAACGGGAAGAGGUAAACCCAUUUGUUUGGAUUAAGUCCUCUCUUUAAUCACUGGUGCUGCUGCUGCAUUCGUUUAAUGAGCUGAACCCAGAUGAUGUUUGAAUUCAAUCACUCCAUGUUUGUCAGCUUUGGGUUGAGGAUCUGUUUUAUUAUCCUGAUGAGCACCAGAUUGAGAGGUGGAUUUAUUCGGGGUCCUCAUAAAUCGGGCUGCGUUAUGUCUAGACACUGACUGAAACCAAUAUCUACUAUGACAGGCCUGCCAACCAUCUGGAAAAAAACAGCUUCCACCUUAAAGGAAUUGUUUGCUUGUUUGUAUUGAUGUUUUUUUUUCUUCAUCUUAGAAGUAAUAAUGAUUGUUAGGUUUUUAAUUUGGCUGUAUGCUUUUGCUGGCAGUAUACAAAAGGAUUUUGUACCUUUCUAAUGUAAAAUAUCCUGACUGCUCUGUUCUAGGUAUUGUCUUUUGAAAGCGGUAAAAGGAACUGACAUCUCUAUUUUAAAGAUAAUAAAUGAUAUUCAAUUA